AUGUCGUCGUACGACUCUCUCGCCGAGGCUGAGCUGCUGGCCUCGGGCGGCGCAGCGGGCGCGGCUGCGGCUGCGGCGGCAGCAGCCGAGGACAAGGCCGCGGUGGCGGCAGCAGCGGCCGAGGCGCACAAGGCACAGCGCGGAUUCAUCAUGCCGUACUACCGGCUGCUGCGGGACAACCGUGGGUUCAGGCGGCUAUAUGCGGCGUCGUUUGUCUCGACCUUUGGCGACUGGUUCAACUACAUUGCCUCUCUGACGCUCAUCACCUCGCUGGCAACGUCGCGCGGCACGGCCAUCUCGAUCUACCUCGUCUUGCGGCGCUUCCCACCACUGGUCUUUGUUCCGCUUGUCGGCUAUCUUGCCGACUCGUUUGACCGCCGCCUGCUGAUGAUUGUCUCGGACCUCAUCCGCAUCGUUGUCGUCGCCGUCCUCCUCGUCCUCGCCAUGAUCCACAAGGCCUCGCUGCUCUGGCUCAUCUACAUCUGCGUCUUUCUGCACUUUUCCUUCGCCGCUCUGUUUGAUCCGGCCCGCGCAGCCCUCGUUCCGCAACUUGUCUCUGCUGACUCGCUCCUCACCGCCAACGUUCUCGACGGCUCCACCCGCUACGCGCUGCUGUUCGUCGGCUCGUCCGUCGGUGGCAUCGUCACCUCGUUCUUUGGCAUCCAGGUCGACUACGUUCUCGACGGUGUCACCUUUCUGCUCUCCUCGUACCUUAUCUGGCGACUGUGGGUCGAAGUCCCGCUCGAAGGCGAUCCGGGCUAUGUCGCGCUCGCGGACUCGGGCGACAACACCGCCGAAGCGAGUCUCUCCUCCUCCGACGUCGAGAUCAAUCUGGGCGGGCGGAGCAAGGACUCGGCUGCCAGCAACGAUGGCGGUGACGCUGUCAUCUUGGGCAUCUCGUCCGACGAGGUCGAGGAGCAGGAGCACGCCGCAUUCGAGUACUCGCCGUCGUCAGAGGUCGAGCUCAUGCCAUUUGACACCGAUGUCGAGAGCGGCAAGAGACCAUUUGACUCGGACACGAGCGUGCUGGGCAAGAUCAAGGGUGGCUUUGCGUUUUGGCUCCGCAACCCUUACAUCCUCGCGCUCACGUGCAUCCGUUCGCUGGUGGCGAUCGGCGGCGGGUCGAACUUGCUCAACAUUCUAUUUGCCGAGGAAGUCUACCGGUUCUCGUUCGACCACGACGGCUCGCUCACGCUCGGCAUCAUGUAUGCCGUCGUGGGUAUGGGCGCGUUUGUGGGCCCGAACCUCGUCAAGCGGUUCACGCCACCGCACGACCAGGCGCGCGAGGUGGCCUUCAUCGGCGCCAUGGUGCUGAUGAACAUCGGCUCGUACGUGACGGCCUCGGUCCCGUCGUUCUACGUCUUCCUCCUCUCCAAUCUUGUGCGGGUCGCCGGAGGCUCGACCAUCAUGACCAUGGGAUCUGCGCUGCUGCAGACCAAGGUGCCCAACGAGGUUCGCGGGCGGGUCUUUGCCAUCGACAUCUCGCUAUUUACCCUCUCCUACACCACCGUGGUCGUCCUCGUCGGUCAGGCCAUCGACCACCUGCAUUGGUCGCCUUUCAAGGUCCAGCUCUACAUCUCGUUCGCCUACACCGGCAUGUUUCUCCUCUGCGCACCGUACCUCAAGUUCUUUUCGCAUCGCGAUAGGCCAAUCCGGUAAAGGCAACGACGCACGG